AUGCGCAACACGUCCUGGCUGGUGCCCGGCGUGCUCAUGGCUAGCAGCACUCCCAAGAGACCAGAGCACAUACAUGCCCUGGCUGCCCUGGGGAUCGGCCUCGUCAUCACCCUGACAGAGGAGGAGCCACUGCCCCCCGCCUGGUUCCAAGGCGGGCCGGCGCGCGCCGGCUGCGGCGCCGUGUUCAACCUGUUCAUCCCCGUCAGAAACUACGAGCCGCCCAGUGAGGGGCAGAUGGACUCUCUGCUGGCUGCAAUCGAGACACACUGGCACAGUCAGCAUGGCGGCCACGGUGCCGGCGGCGGUGGCCGGGGCCGCGGCGUGCUGGUGCACUGCGGUGGCGGCAAGGGGCGCGCGGGGACGGCGCUGGCGUGCUACCUUUGCAACCAGCAGCCCUGCGUGCGCGACGACAGUGGAUGGGCGCCUCAGCCUCCAGCGAUGGCGGCGAAGGUGGCGGUGCGGCUGCUGCGGGAGAUGCGGCCAGGCAGCAUCGAAACGGAUCAGCAGGAGCGCUUUGUUGGGACCUACAGCAAGACUCUAUGGUGGCGGCACCAGCAGACGGCCGUCGGGGUGGACGAGGAGGAGGGGCGGGCAGAGGGCGCAGGCACGGCAGUGGAGCCGCAAGCGAUGCAUAGGCCUCAAUCACCCACAAACGCAGCAGCAGCAGCCGCAGUGGCAGUGACAGCAGCGGGGUCAGCAGCAGCAUCAGCAGCAGACAGCAGCAGGCAGCGCGCCGAAUGUAGUGGCAGCAACGCAACGCCCGCCUCAGACGACAGGCGGCCGGGCCUGCCAGCUGGCGGCUACCCUUCCACGCCGCACCUCCCGUCCAGCCCCCAGGUGGCGGCAGAUGACACCCAGCUGGACGCGGCCGGCUGCUCUGAUCUGUUGAAUGUUGAGGUGGUGGUGACGGAGAAGCUGGACGGCGGCAACUGCUGCAUCCACCAGGGCGCCGUCUACGCGCGCACCCACAAGCACCCCGCGACCCACCCCUCCUUUGGCCCCAUCAAGGUCCUUGCAGCUGCGCAGCUGGCGGACGUCCCGCCACACCACGCGCUGUUCGGUGAGAACAUGAGCGCGGUCCACUCCAUUGCUUACCGGGAGCUGCCAGCCCGCUUCUUCUUGUUUGCUAUCUGGGACACCUCUACUCAGGUGUGGCUGUCCUGGGACGACGUGGAGGGCUGGGCCCAGCGCUUGGGACUGCACACGGCGCCUGUCGUCGCCAGAGGUGUUUUCCGCAGCCUGGAAGAGCUCGCAGCCAGCCUCUCCGCCUCAAUGGCAGAGCCCAGCGCUGCAGACUCCACCGGCGCCACGCCAAAAGAAGGCUUUGUCGUGCGAACCGCCGCCGCCAUCCCUGGCGCCCUGUUCCCGCGCAGUGUUGCCAAGUAUGUGCGGGCCGGGCACGUGCAGACGGACGGCACAUGGCGCCGCACGUGGAAAGCGGCGCGCGUCGUCCAGAGGCAGCCGGCAUCAGCUUCGAUUGGGGCUCUUGCUGAGCCUGAGACGCGUGAGGGGGCUCUCGCUGACGGCGCCAGCACCACGUCACAGGAACAGCACCAGCAGCCCGACGCGGCUGGCCCGUUGGUGGCGUCAGGGCCGGCCGCCGCGGCUCCAACUCAGGCUACAAGCCGCGGCCAUGGCCGCGGCAGGCGCGGGGCACGUAAGGGCAUCCGCGGCGUUGGCGGCAGCGGUGGCGCGCGCCCCGGUGGUGGUGUGAUCAGGCUUCCCCGGCUCAUCAUGCUGGUAGGCCUGCCUGGCAGCGGCAAGAGCACCUUUGCGCGGGCCCUGGCCGCCGCAGGCGGCUGGAGCCACGUGUGCCAGGACGACUGCGGGGGCCGGGCUGCGGCUGAGUCGGCGUUUGGCAUCGCGAUGCUGCGCGGGCCAGAUGUCGGGCGCCACGUCAUCCUUGACAGGUGCAACGCGACAGCGGCGGACCGCCGGCGCUGGUUGGACCUGGGCCUCAUCGGGAAGCGCGACAAGGGCGUGGUGGCCGUUUUCUUUGACGUCGCGGCAGACGCGUGCAAGCGGCGCGUGGCCGCACGCACCGAUCACCCGACCAUCCCCCAGGGCAGGGGCGCGCGCGCUGUCGACAGCUUCGCGGAGCAGCUGCAGCCGCCCAGCACCCAGGAGGGCUUUGAACGUGUCCACGUCAUCCGAAAUGAGUCAGAGGCAAACGCACUGCUGGCGUCCUUGGGGGCGGGGCCUCUUGGGCUGCAGCCGUGA